UCACUGAAACAUUACCGGUUAUUCCGGUCAUAUUUGGCUGUACUUGUACCCUCUUUGUUUUGUUCCUAACACCUUUGUCGCUUUGAUUCUCAGCUUGCUGUGUUCGGUUCUGCUUCGCUUGUUGAAGAUCCUCUCUUCUUCCAUUCAUCUGUUUCUAGAUCGUCUUGUAGAGGAGCUUAGACGAUGACAAAGGGCAAGGGGACUGGGAAGACUUCGAGGGAAGUACUGAAACCAGUUGAUGACCGAAAAGUAGGAAAGCGAAAGGCUGUUUCUAAACCCGAGAAGAGUGCACCGAAGGCUAAAAAGGAGAAGGCUAAGAAAGAUCCCAACAAACCAAAAAGGCCUCCCAGCGCUUUCUUUGUCUUCCUUGAGGAUUUCAGAAAGACUUUUAAGGCAGAAAAUCCUAAUGUGAAGGCUGUAUCCGCUGUUGGGAAGGCUGGAGGAGAGAAAUGGAAAUCCUUGACUAAGGCUGAAAAAGCUCCAUACGAAGCCAAGGCUGCUAAAAGGAAAGUUGAAUAUGAAAAACUUAUGAACGCAUAUAAUAACAAAGCGGCAAGUUCAGUCGAGGAUGAAGACGAGGAAUCAGACAAGUCCAAAUCUGAAGUUAAUAAUGAAGAUGAAGCAAGUGGAGAGGAUGACCACCAAGAUGACGAUGAUGAAGACGACGAGGACGAAGAUGACGAAGAAGAUGAUGACUGAAAGCGUUGUGCAUAACUUGAAAUAUGAUGUUUCAUUGGUGGAGGGAAGCUAAUAUGUAUUUUGUAGUAGGCUACUUUUUCGAUAUCUAUGUUGGUUGAAUAUCUGUUGUCUUGUUGCUUUGCUGUAUGAUAUUUUGCCGGCUACUCGAGCUUCCCUCAAUUGUUGUUAGUUAUUGUACUUAAAUUCUCCUUUGUGCAUUGUGCCUCAAAUGUGUAGGCUUAAGUAUUAUAAAUUUCUCAUUCUGAUCAA